AACGUAGUCAUUUGAUUAAGGAGAGACCGAGAAGAACCAAUCAACCGACAAACGAACCUCCCGCGUUCGAUCCUAAUCCUGUAAUUAGUCCAAAAUCCAAUCCUUAAUUUCUACUUCUUUUUUAAUCUCAUUCUAUCUCUCUUAAAUGCUCAUUCCUUGGAAUGCCCACAACUAAUCUCUCUCUCUCUCUCUCUAUAUCCGUUCCCUCAUCGAGCUGCCUUGCUUCGACAAACCAGCACGUCUCUCUCUCCCCCGUUGUUCGUAAUCUGAUUCUGGGUCGCUCUCUCUAAACGCCGAGCCUUGUGGAGGCGAGUUGCCAUGACUCGGCGGUGCUCCCACUGCAGCAACAACGGCCACAACUCUCGCACCUGCCCCUCGCGCGGCGGCGGGGGUGCCGGCAGCGCCGGCGCCGGAGCUGGUGGUUUGAAGCUGUUCGGUGUCAGACUCACUGACGGGUCCAUCAUCAAGAAGAGCGCGAGCAUGGGCAACCUCUCGCACUACCACUCCUCGUCGUCCGCCGCCGCGUCCCCCAACCCUAGCUCUCCCUCCGGCGACCCGCUCCACGACCCGAUCCACGUGCCCGACGGGUACCUCUCCGAUGAUCCCGCUCACGCGUGCUCCUCCAAUCGCCGCACCGAUCGAAAGAAGGGUGUCCCAUGGACAGAAGAGGAGCAUCGAAUGUUUCUAAUUGGCCUCCAGAAGUUGGGGAAAGGAGACUGGCGUGGGAUAGCACGUAAUUUUGUAAUGUCAAGAACUCCUACGCAGGUAGCUAGCCAUGCUCAAAAGUAUUUUAUCCGGCAGAGUAAUGCUUCCCGAAGAAAGAGGCGCUCUAGUCUUUUCGACAUGGUUCCAGAUACGGCUUCAGAUCCACCACCAGUUCCAGAAGAACCAUUUCAGCCCCCAACAGUGGAGGCGAUAGAAACUGAUAAUACAAAUCCUGUGCCUUCUUUAAAUCUCUCUCUCAACUCGGAAUUUGAAGCCAUGGAUGCCACUUCCCAAGAAACUGUUCAGGAGGCUGAAGAAAUUGUGGUACCACCAAGCCAGUUUCCAACUAUGGUUCCUGCAUUUUUCCCAGCUUAUCUACCUGUUCCAGUUCCAAUGUGGCCCCCAAACAUAGCCCCUAAUGGGGAAGAGAAGGGAACAGAGAUCUCUCAUGAGGUUUUGAAGCCAAUUCCUCUCAUGGCUAAGGAACCUGUCAAUGUAGAUGAGCUAGUGGGCAUGUCUCAACUCAGUUUGGGUGAAACUGAGAACACUCAUAUUGAGCCUUCACCAUUAUCCUUAAAGUUGCUUGGAACACCAUCCAGGCCAUCUGCAUUUCAUGUUAACACAGCUGUCAGUGGUUCAGAUAUGAGUAAGGGCAAGAACAGUGCAAUCCAAGCCGUUUAAUUAGGGGAGUGUAGACCAGUACCAUUGGUUUUAUUUCAUGCCAAAUUUUCCCCUUGCGCUAUAUAUUUAUCCAAAGGCGUCUUUGUUUAAUGCUCUCUAGUGGUAUGAAGCUACCUGGCCCUAACGCAAGUUAGAUUCAUUUCAUUGGACUUACCUAUUCUUUCUAACUGUAAACAACUACAAAUUCAAAUAAUUGUGUUGUUGUUGCAACAAAA